AUGGAAGCAAUACCAUCCGCGAAAGAACCCUCAAAGGCUGUUGUGAACCCGGAAAGAGCUUCCACGGCGAUGCUAUCGGAGUGUUCAGCCGAUAAUGAUGGCAAAAAUGCUAGCGACGAAAGGCAAAGACAAGAUGGCGACGAAGCGGGCACCUCGAAUAUAGCUGGAACAGACCAGACAACAACUGCUUCGACGGAAGAUGAAACAAAGGAAAGCACCAAUGAAGUAAUAGAGCAGAAAGGAAACGAAAUAGAAAAGUUUACCGAGAAUACUACAGAAAAUGCUGACAAGAACGAUACAGAAGUAGCCAAGAACCACGAUAGCGACAAAAUAUCUCCGUCAACAGCAGGUAAAAGACAACUUGAUGCUGAUUCUGAAACGCAAGACGAAGCUACCGCAAAAGCUUCCAAAAGUGACGAAGCCAACGACGGCAAAAGUAGCAUUGCUGCCGCCGAGCACAGCACGGCUUCUUUGCCAAAGCGACCCGUCAAGAGAGCUAGAACGGCAUACUUUAUCUUUACGGAUGAGAAAAGACCCAAAGUCCAAGCGGCCCAUCCGGGGGAAGGUGUUGCAGUAGUUGCUAAGGCACUGGGUCAAAUGUGGGGGAAUCUGUCAGCCGACGAAAAGAAGGUCUAUCAAGACCAAGCCGCCAAAGAACGAGAGCGCGUUAGUCAAGAGCUCGAAGCCUACAAGUCUGCGGGAGGAAAGGACCUCGAUUCACCCUCCGUCAAGGCCAGGGAUCCUUUGGCCACGAUUCUCCCUGUUGCUCGAAUUCGAAAAAUCUGCAAGCUGGAUCCAGAAGUACGCGGGUUGAGCAAAGAAGCCCUUCUCCUGGUGACCAAAUGUACAGAACUCAUGCUGGAAAAACUUGGAAAAGAAACUGUCAAAGUGGCUCAACUUCAAAAUCGACGCAAGCUCCUGCCCGAUGACGUUGCCCAUGUAUGUGCCCAUCGCGAACAGUUUCUCUUUCUCAAGGACGAUGUCAAGGAUAUGGUCAAAAGCAUGGAAUCCGCUGACGGAAAGGCGAGCGGGGGAAAGAAAGGGGAUGCUGCCAAGCAAAUAGCAGCAGCUGGAACCAAGAAACUCACUUCUUAUUUUAGUGCUCCGAAGUGA